CUGCAGGCAAGGGAAAUCGAACAAGAGGAGGUCCCUCCCACUGAUUGCUCCGUUUACUUGCUUUCCCAGUCUCGACAGACUUUUUAACAGCAGUGAAAUAUUUCUGAUUUGUGUAUCAGCUGCUGUUACUUCCUGUUUACUUAGCUGUUAAAACUGGCAGCUAGAAAAGGCACCUCCUUCGUAGGCGAGGUAAUGCGGCCUCUCUCUGAGCUCUGACGUUCGUCCUAAGACACGUGCUGUAAAAAUAUCCUAUAAAUGAAAUCUAAUCUUGUACGUUAGUGAAAGAUUUGCUGACAUGCAUAUAAAGAAAUCGGAUUCAUUCUAGUAGAUGUUCAAAGCUAUGAUAUUUGAACUAUCAAACUUUCCUGACAAAAAGUAACUGUUUAUCAUUUGGAUACCAGCUACAGAAUUAUUUUGCCGUUAAACAGUUUAACAUUUUUUUUACAAAAAAUCUUUAUCAACUUUCCUUAAAUAUGGAUACAUAUGAUGAACUAAGCCUGGAAGCAAGCAAAUUCAUACAAGAUUUGACUUUAUAUGAGGCGUCUAAAGAUGGACUUUUUCGCGUGGAUAAGGGACUAAGUAACAACCCUGAAUUUGAAGAGACAAAAAGGAUAUUUGCUGCCAAGAUGGCAAAAAUUCAUCUUCAGAAUCAGCAGAAAAGUAUUCCAGACACUGGCAUAAGUGAAGGUAAUGGUUUAACUCACCAGUACAAUUAUUCAUUGCCUAAAAGCGUAGAAGAAGGCCCAGUCAUCUAUAAUGGUCUAUCUAAUUCUUCAGUAGGUCCAUCUGAUUACAAAACAUACAGAGAGUCUUAUAAAGGUAAACCUGAUAUUGAUUCUGCUGAUAGAUCUGAAGAGUCUGUGUUCAAACAUGACAGUGAAAUCAUGUUACCUAGUCCACUUGGUAAAGUUGGCAAUACUAUUCCCACUCAACAGUUUACUUCUAAGAAAGCUAUCAGUCCAAGUAUUGAGAGCUUGGAAAGAGAAAGAACAAUAAAGAACAAUAUUACUGGCUUCGAAAAAUUACAGAUUAAUGUAAAUUCUUCAUCAAUGAAAAACUGCAAGCCACAUCAAAACUCAAGACAUGGUGAGGUUGAAGAUACCAUGGCAGAGAAUUUCACUGAAAACAAGACACCUUUUAAGCAAUGUUCAGCUUUAAUUUCAUCAUCAGUUAUUUUUGGAGAUGAUACUCAUACAAACAUUCCACAGAAGAAGUUGUUUAACUUGCCAUCGCCAAGCUCUAUUAAUACGCAGAACAAUUCUGAUGAUGUAUAUCUGUCUAAAACAAAUGCUGCAAAGGAGUUUCAUGGGGAGCAGAGAGGGUUAUGUAGUACUAAUUCUCUUGGUUUUGGAAACUCAAAUGAUGUCAUAAGUGCUUCAUACUGUGUCGGAUAUAAUGAUAAUUUCCCUGGUGAGAUAAAACAGAAGCAAUCACCUCAUUAUACAUUUCAUUCUGGACACAGCUCUGUUGACGAACAGCCACAGGCCAUUCCUUUUUGUUGUAAAGACUCCUCAGGACAAGGGCCGGCCUCCACCAUAGAUUCUGACCAUACGGAUAUAUUGCAAGAUAGCUCUGCACUGAUGAAAAUAAAACUACCCUGUCAGACUCUUUCUCAGAGUUCAAAACAAGGGUCAUCUAAAGCUGAAAAAAAACUUGAAGCUAUAACAAGGCAUGUAGAGCAGGAAAUGGAUGCCCAUAACAAGGCUGAUUAUUUUGGAACGUGUGUAAAAUGCAGCAAAGGAGUUUAUGGGGCAAGUCAAGCUUGCCAAGCAAUGGGAAACCUAUACCACAACGGUUGUUUUAUCUGCAGUGCCUGUAGUAGAAAACUCAGAGGAAAAGCAUUUUAUUUUGUCAAUGGUAAAGUGUAUUGUGAAGAAGACUUUUUGUAUUCUGGAUUCCAUCAGUCAGCAGACAGGUGCUUUGUGUGUGGACACUGGAUCAUGGAUAUGAUCUUACAAGCCCUAGGUAAAUCAUUUCAUCCUGGGUGUUUCCGCUGUGUGGUUUGUAAUGAAUGUUUAGAUGGCGUGCCUUUCACUGUGGACAUGGAAAACAAGAUCUACUGUGUGAAAGAUUACCACAAGAUUUUAGCUCCAAAAUGUGCCGUAUGCAGUCUUCCAAUUCUACCAUCUGAGGGCACAGAUGAAACCAUCCGUGUAGUGUCCAUGGAUAAAGAUUACCAUAUAGACUGUUACCGUUGUGAGUGCUGCGCUUUGGAAUUGAACAAUGAAGAUGACCACCGAUGUUAUCCUCUAGAUGGACAUUUGUUUUGUCAUAAUUGUCAUUUAAAAUACUUGGAGAAUCAUAAUCUGUCAUAACAUAAGACAAAUGUCCAAAACUUGAAAACAGAAUCCAGUCUUCUGUUGAAAUGCCAAAGUGAUAUGCUUUAAUAGUAUACUUUUAGACUACAAGUAUAUUUAUGUACAGUUGAGAUUCCACAUUCAUGCAAUGCAUUAUUGUUAUUGAUUUGAAGGGCAUGGAAAUGAAUAAAUGUGGGCAAACUGCCAGUUAUGCAAGCAGAAAAAAUAGCCUCAGUACUCACAGUUGCUGCAAUAAUGUAGGUUUGCUAGAAAACACGGUGAACAAUGUUUCUGGGGGUCUGCGACCCCCUUUGUCAGAUUAUAGUGUUACCUCUUAAACAGCUUUUUAAAUGUAACUAGACCUUUGGGGUUGUAUCAAUUACACAUUUAAAAUAGUUCUUACACAGUUUCCAUUAACAGCCACCUUGAUAAUAUUUGGAUUAAGCUGGCCAUACUCAGCAGAUAGAAGCUGGCCACUGGGCCCCUUCAGAGUUGGCAGCUUAUCCAUGUAUGGGGUCCUAAUCACACAUUAAUUUGGUCCUUUCCCUGUUGUUCUAUGAAGGUCCUCAUUAUGAUCUUUGUCCUGGGAGCCAGUCAAUCCGUUCAUCCUUAUUUAGUUGGCGCCAAAUCAGGUAAAGAGAUGCUCCUUUGAUGACUUUUGCUAAGCAAGAAGAUCUUACAUGUGUGGGCAGCGUUUCUAUGUGACAAAACAUUUGUGCAAGUUCUUGCAGUGUAAUUGAUAACUUUACUGUACCCAGCUGGUAAUGUAUAGUUUUUUUGUUUUAAAUGGCAUACUUCUAUUGGAUUUGGUUUACAAACAGUGGGGUAUGAUAUAAAGGAUUUGCACAAAAUGGACUUGUCCCAUGGACUAAUUAAGUAACAGUCCCAAUGUUGGUUAAAGGGAAUCUGUCAUGAUUUUUGUGAUGUUGUUUUUAUUUCUAAAUUGCACUGUUUAAACUGCAAAUAAUUCAUUUUAUUCCUGAAUCAGCAAGUGUAUUCUUUUAGUUGUAAUAUUAGUUUGU